AUGGUAUCAGGAUACGUUAAUAAUCAUAAUAAUCCAGAUGCCUAUACAAAUGUAAUGCAAGGUCAAGUAUUAUUGAAUGGUAGUCAGGUGCCAAAAAUAAUUUGGAAUCAAAUUAAAAUUCUUAUUAUAUCAAAUAAAGAUGAAUUUGAUAUUGAACGUGAUAUGUUAGUAACGGAAACUUUACCAAAAUUACAACAAUAUUUUUUAACACAAGGUAUAUAUGUUUAUUUUAUUGAUUGUAAUUUAAAUUGGAAUUUUGAUCUAUCAAAAAAUCCAUAUCAUAUAUUACGUUAUAUGAAAGAACUUAAAGAUGCUUAUCAAACAUCAACAGGACAUUUUUUAUUAACUUUUGUUGGAAAUAAAUAUGGACAAAUUGUUUUACCUAUUGAAUUAUCAACAAUAGACUUUCAUAAUAUAAAAAAUUCAGCAUCUGAUUUAGGCAAAGAUAUUAAAUUACUUGAAGAAUGGUAUUUAUUAGAUGAUAAACUUUCUCCACCAAUGUAUAAAUUAAAAGAUCCUGAUGAAAAUUUUUCAACUAUUCCAUCACGUUCAAUAUCAACAUAUGAUAUAAAUUCAUGUGAAAAUCAAGAAUGGAAUGAAGCAUAUUUUAAUUUAGUUGAUCUAUUUUUAAGUGUUUUAAAUGAAAAAUCAAAUAUGAAAUCUAUGCAUGAUAUUCAACUACUUUCAUAUGUAGAAAUGUUAUUUAAUUAUUCAAUUAAAUUAUCUCCAUCUGGUUCUAUGUGUAUUUUAAGACAAUUGGACGGUUUAAAUGAAAAAAGUAAAGGUAAUGAAAGUUAUAUUGAUUUACUUCCUGGUGGUCGUUUGGAUAAAAUUCGUCAAGAAAAAUUAAAACGUUUUCGUGAAUCUAUAAUAAAUAAAUUAUCAAAUAAUAAUGAUAAUAAAAAUGAUUUUAAAAUUGAAGAUAAUCGUACUAUACUUAAUAUACCAUGGAAAGAUAAUGGUGAAUUUCAAUCUGAUGAUUCAGAUUAUCAACGUUAUUUACGUACAUUAAAUGCAUCAAUAUUUUUACGUAUUAAAUCAUUAAAUCAACAUUUUAAUGAUUUAUCUAUAUUAAAUCAUUAUAAAAAUUCUGAACAAAUUCUUUAUAAUGAAAUUCUUGUACAUUUAACAUAUUAUUCUAAAUAUUCAUCAUAUACAUGUCUUGGUUUUGAUUAUUUUAUUAAUAAUAAUUAUUCAUUUAAACAAUGGUUAACAUUAGCAAAUACAACUGAACAUUAUCCAUUUAUGAUAUUUGGUAGUCGUGCAUCAGGAAAAACAUUAUUGUGUACAAAAAUAGUUCAAUAUCUUUUAAAUAGUUUAGAAAAAAAUGUUUCAUGUAUAAUACGUUAUUUUAAUUUAACAACAAAAUCACGUAAUAUUGUUGAAAUAUUUUCAUCAAUAUGUACACAAAUGUGUUCAUUUGAACAUAUACCAAAAUUAAAUAAUGAACAAGAAAUUAAUUAUAUUGAAUAUUAUCAAUUAGUUAUAGAAAAUUUAUCAAAAAUACAAAAACCAUUUAUAUUAAUGAUUGAUGGAAUUGAAGAAAUAUCACCAACAACUCAACAUGUAUCAUCUAUUGGAUUUUAUCAAGCUUUACUUCAAUUACUUCCACCUAAAGUUUAUGUUAUAUUAUCUGUCAGUCGAAGUGUUCAUUUAUCGCCUUCCUAUGAUAUUCAAAUUCGUGAAACGGUUGAACGAAUUGAAAAAGAAAAUUGUCUAAUUGAAUUGCCAUUUUUAAGUGAAACAAUAACUAAUGAAGAUUUAGCAUCAUAUAUAAAAUCAGAAUUAAAUUCUAUUCAACAAAAUGUAAAUGAUUCAGCUUUACAAGCAUUAUCAAAAUGUGUAUAUCAACAAUUAGAUAAACAAUCAUAUAUAUUUUAUUUAUUACGUCUUGUUUUACAUGAAAGUUAUUUUAGUUAUUUAUCACAACAAAAAAAACAAUUAAAUUUAACAAAUUUAAAUAUUGAUGAAAUACUUAAUGCUUAUAUUGAUCAUUGUGAACAAAAAUUUGGUCGAAAAAUUUGUUCAUUUAUAUUUAAUUAUAUAAGUUCAUCACAAUCAGCUAUUGCUGAGAUUGAAUUACUUGAUAUAUUAUCAUGUAAUAAUGAAUUUUUUUUAGAAUAUUUUUCUAAAGAUUUACCAAAACAUUUACGUUUUCCACCAUCAUUAUGGAUUGCAAUUAAAUAUAUCUUAGGUCCACUCUUAUCUGAAAGAUAUUUUGAUUUAAAAGUUGUUAUUUGUUGGAGUCAUUCAUUUAUUCGACGACAUAUGAAGCAAAAAUAUUUAAAACGAGUUGAAGAUAUUAGAAUUGCACAUCGAGAUAUUGCUAAUUAUUUUCUUGAAGCUUUUAUUGAAUCAAAACCAUUGGUUGACAUGAAUCGAAAUGUUCAAAUUAGAGGAGAUAGUGGUCGUCGUUUUAUCUUACAACAACCUCUUCUUUACUCGGAAACAGCAUAUAAUUAUCGACGACUUGGUGAAUUAUGGUAUCAACUAAUGCAUUCUGGUGAUAUUGAUCGUUUAAAAGAAUAUACAUUGUGUUGUUUUGAAUAUUUAUUAUCAAAAAUUCAUGGUCUAUCAAUUGAACAACUUCUAUGGGAAUUUGAUAUAAUUUGUAGUAAUAUUCUUGAUGCUGAUGUACUACUUGUACAAGCUACGAUAAAAAAUGUUACAAAUAUUAUUUUAAAUAAUCCAAUGUUAUUUGCUGGAGAAAUUAUUUUACGAUUAAAAAAUAUUAAACAUCGUUAUAGUGAACAUAUUGAAUCAUUAUAUAGUCAAGCAUAUGAAUGGUGUGAAUUAUGUGGUGCAUCUGUAUUUGUACCACUUUCAUCAUGGUUAUCAACAAUUCCACCAAUGAUAAUUACAGUUUUACCAUGUACGGAUGGAGCAUUUAAAAUAGCUCCAACAACAUUUAAUCAACAUGUUUUUUGUACAACAAGACAUAAUGAAAUAGCUAUGUAUCAUAUACCAUCAAAAAAACUUGUUAAAAAAUUUACUGGUCAUACGGAAUUAAUAACAUCAAUUCGAUUAACAUAUAAUAGUAAAUUUUUAGUAUCAACAUCAACAGAUCGAACUGUAAAAUUAUUUAAUCUUAAUUCAGGAGAUUUAGAAAAUACUUAUAGUAUUCAUCAAGAUGAAAUACUUUGUAUGACAGUUUCACAUAAUAAUGAACAAAUAGUGACUGGUUCACGUGAUCGAUUUAUUGUUGUAAUUCGUCUUGAAACAGGUGAAGUUGAACAUUCAAUAGAACAACAUACAGAUGCUGUUACAGCUAUUGCUCUUACACAAGAUGAUACUAUUUUAAUUUCAGCUUCACGUGAUCAAACUAUAAAACGAUGGACUUUUCGUGGAAUGCAAUUAGUUAAUACAAUUGAUAUAAUUGGAUCACCUAUUAGACAUAUGGUCAUUUCAACUGAUGAUACAUUUAUUAUUGUUGCUUGUGAUAAUACAUCAGUUCAAGUUAAAUCACUUGUAACUGGAAGUGAUAUUCAUCAUCUUGAAGGACAUUCAUCAGAAGUUACAAGUCUUUCAGUAUCACAUGAUUCGAUGUGUUGUUAUGUUGGUUGUAGUAAUGCACAUAUUUAUGUAUAUAAUCUUCGUUCACGUGCUCUACUUCGAAAAUUAAGUCAUCAUGAUUCAUCUGUUAAUGAUCUGUAUAUAUCAACCGAUGAUUAUUUUCUUUUCUCAGCAGCUGAAAAUGCAAUACAUGUUUUGAAUGUUAAACAACAAUUUAAUGGUUUUUUUGCUGAUGAUUCAUCAUCACCAACUGAUUCUAUAACAGCAUUAUCAAUAUCACGUGAAGGUGAUGUAGCUAUAGCUGGUUCUGCUAGUGGUAUUGUUCAAUUAUUUAAUUUAAUUGAUGGUGAAUUUACUGAACAAAUUGUUGAUCAUCGUGCACCUGUGACACAAGUUGCACUUUCACAUUCAUAUUUAUUUUCAUUAUCUGGUUCAAGAGAUACAACAGUCAAAGUUUAUGAUAAUGAAAUGGGAGAAAUUGUUGCUGAAUUUACUGCUCAUUCUGCUGCAAUAUCACAUUUACGUAUAUUAGAAGAUAAUCGAAAGAUUUUAUCAAGUGAUGAACAAAACUAUAUAAAAACAUGGUGGGCAAAUACGGGCGAAUUGAUUGAUUCGUACAAUGUACCGUGUAAAAUGCUUGGUGUUUCUCCUGAUGGAAAAUAUGUUGUAUCAGGAAAUGGAGAUAAUAUUUUAAAAAUUUGGUCAUUGGACGAUGCACGUGUUGUUCGUUCAAUAGAUCAUACAGAAGGAAAAAUUACGUGUAUAGCUUUCAGAACAGAUUCACAAUAUUUAAUUACAGGUGGCGAAGAUUGUAGUUCUAAAUUAUGGGAAUUAUCAUCGGGAAAAUUAACACAGGUUCUUGUCGAACAUGAACAAUCUAUUACAGCUGUAGCGAUAAGUGAAGAUGGAAAACAUGUUUUAACAGGUGACAAAAGUGGUCUAUCAAUUAUUUGGUCAUUUAAAGAUGCUUCUCAAGAUGGUCUUCUUUCUGCUUGGUCUACGAUAACUGGCAUACAUCUAGCUACAUUUCAUUUUAAUCAAAAUCUAGUUAAAUUACUUGUUUCACAAAGUGGAGCUCGUUAUGCAGCAAUUCUACAAAAUUCACCAUAUGUUGCUAUGCUUAGUCUUUUCAAUAUACCAUUUAGUGAUGCAUCUAGAAUGGUACAACGUCAUAGUGAGAUGUUUUCCGAUGGAUACAAUACUAUAUUACCGAUAAAACCCAAACCAUUACUUUAUCCAAAAGAUUCAACGAUAUUGACUAAUUCUCGAGAAAGUUCAAAAAUUGAUCAACUCGGUGGCGAUAUGAUACUUGUAAGUUUUUCAUGUAUCAAUUUUAAUUAUUUUUUGUUUCCUAAUGAAACUAAAAGCGAUCUUUUCUCAGAAUGA